GGGACCGCGGCUCCGUCAGCGACGUGGAGCUCGAGGACCUGCGGGCUGGCUGCGAGGAGAUGCGCGCGCGCCUCCAGCGCGAGCGGCACGACCACAGCGUCGAGACGGGGCAGCUGAAUGCCAGGCUCCGCGACGCGGAGCUGCGGACCCGCGCGGCGGAGAGGGCACUGGCGCAGGCCAAGGAGCCCCCGGGCGUGCCUCCCCCGAGGGCUGGCCUGAGGGGCAACGACUUGAA